AUGCCUCUUUACGCCAAUCCUCCUCCAUAUGUCUGGCAUAAAAUUGAGACUCUUCACUUGAGCUACUCAGCGAUGCCGACAUUCGUUCCACCUACACCACCAGUACUUGUACCACCGUCAAAUCCGUUCGGAUCUCCACCGGAACCAGAGCCGGAGCCAAAAGCUCCCGCUGAUGAAAAGCAAGGCGUUCCGGCCGACGCCGAAGCGCAUGCCUCAGAAGAGGCUCCUCCAGCUGAGCCUGAAGCGGAUGCAGGCGAAGCCGCACCUCAUCAAUCCGACGCUCCAGCCGAGGGAGCUCCUGAAGGCGACGAGGUAGCAGUCGAUAGCACUCAGCCCAAAGCAGACGAAGUAGCGGCAGACGCUGCUCCGACCGAAGAGACAGCAACACCUCCUGAGAACCCAGAAGGUUCUGCCGCCGCUGCUGAAGAAGCUGCUCCAGAAGAAUCCAAGGAGGCUCCAGCAGCCGAGCCGGAAGCUUCAGCUCCAGCUCCAGUUCCAGCUCCAGAAGAGUCUCCUCCCGAAGCUGCUGGAGAUACCUCGGCAUCUGAUCCACCACCAGAGGUGCCAGCUGAGGAAACAAUUUCUGAAGAGCCGCCACCUCCUGCGCCGGAAGUACCUGUAGAAGAUAAGCCAGAAGAUAAGCCAAAAGAAAAGAAAGCAAAGAAAGCCAAGUCGUCGAAGAACACUUCGGUAAGAGAGAAAGAUGGUUCAAAGAAACCCAAGUCUUCGAAUUAUACUGUGGGCGGUGACAAAGAUGAGGACAAGAAGUUCAAGCCUUCUAAAAACGGUCUCGUCCGCAAGAAGGGCGACAAGAACAAGAAGUCAAAAUCUGCGCCAGUCGAGGCACCAUCUGCAGAUACAACCUCAGCAGACGCACCUGCAGAAGCUAUUUCAGCAGAAUCCCCACCGGUAGACCCUGCGCCGUCAGACCCUGCACCAGUCGAAUCUGUACCAGCUGAGCCAGCUUCCGAAGAACCUACACCACCUGAGCCUGCGCCAACAGAGGCUGCGCCAGCAGAAUCUCCACCGUCAGACCCUGCACCGUCAGACCCUGCAUUGUCCGACCCUGCAUCAGUCGAAUCUGUACCAGCUGAACCAGCUUCCGAAGAACCUACACCACCUGAGCAUGCGCCAACAGAGGCUACGUCAGCAGAAUCCCCACAGUCAGAUCCUGCGCCGUCAGACCCUGCACCAGCCGAGUCUGUACCAGCUGAGCCAGCUUCCGAAGAAUCUACGCCAGCUGAGCCAGCGCCAGUAGAUGCUGCUCCCACUGAUACUGCAGUAGAAGAAGCUCCUCUAACAGACACUCCAGCAGACACUCCAGCUGAAGACGCCGCAGCCAAAGAAGAACCAUCAGCGGAAGUUCCAGCUAACGAAACCGCCCAAGCGGAGGCAGCUUCAGCAGAAGCAGCGACAGACGCACCUACGACUGAAGUGGUUCCUGCCGAAUCAUCGCCUAGCGAGGACAAGCCGACAGCAGACGAACGCUCUGAGGGGCAGCCAGAUGAGCCUGAACCAAAGCCUGAUAGUACACCUGCUGAGGCUACAUCUGAAGAGCCAAAGUCUGCGGCCGCCGCUGAGCCCGUAAAUGAGGCACAACCAGUCGAAGAAGCUGCUAAGGAAGCUGAGCCGUCUGCUGCUGAAGCACCAGCAGAGGAAGCACAAGUAGAGGAAGCUGCCGCAGUUACUGAACCAUCACCAGCUGAGGCAGAGCAAAUUGCGCCGGAUGACCAGGAAAGAAAUGAGCUUGAGCCAGCUGCUGCCGAAGAACCCGCACCAGCAGAGCCCGUACCUCCAGCUGAAGGAGGAGCCGAAGCAGCUGAGGGUGUUGCUGAGCCAGAAGCCGCUCCUGCCGCCGAAGAGACUCCUAAAGACCCACUAACAGAGCCAGAACCGGCACCGUCAACAACGGAAGAGCCUAUAGCCACAGAACCACCGGCAGAGGAAGCUUCGCCGGUCGCUGAAGAGCCAGCUCCGGAGGCACCAACGGAGGAAGGCCAAGCAACGACCGAAGAGCCAGCACCUGACCCACCUGCAGAAGCAGCCCCAGUAAUCGUCGACGCUGCUCCGGAACCCGCAGUAGAAUCAAACCCCGAUGUCAUCGAAAUAGCCCCCGACCCACCCGCAGAAGCAGCUCCGGUAAUCGUCGAGGCCGCUCCAGAAGCCCCAGCAGAAGCGCCCCCCGAGGUCAUCGGAAUAGCACCCAACCCAGCUCCAGCAGCAACGGACAGUGCCAUUCUCGAAGAAGAGGAAGCUGCCGCCGAUGUCGUCGAAAUCGCCCCACCCUCCCCAUCAUCCUCAAAACGCCGCCACCGCUCAGGCUGGGAGCGCGAGCGCCGGCACAGCAAAUCUUCCUCCAAAGGCAGCAUGGAAAUGCCCCUUUUCAACUCCUCGCACAAACGUCGCGAAAGUGACGUCACGAACAGCACCUCCAAGUCUGCGGAAGUUGAAGAACUGCUCAAGCAAGCGAAGGAGAAGCGGUUGAGCAAACAUCAUUCAUCACCACGAAAGCACGGUGAAGGCAGUCUGGCGUCUUCAAGCCGCCCUACAGCGGAGAGGAGAUCCAGUAAUCGGGAUAAAGAGCCCGAAGAUAAAGGCAAAACCGCGGCAUUCCGCCCAAGACUCCUCGACAUGCUCCCCCGCGCCGAAUCCAACACCAGCAUGCUCAUCCGCGUCAACGACGAAAAGAAGGCGUCAUCUAAAAGCUCUUCCGGCCCCAAUCCCCGACCCCGUCGUUCGACCACCGCGUCCUCCCCGUCCCGCCGCGAGCGCCAGUCCAAAGCCCGCUCCGCGGACCACAGACCCAGAGCUAGUACUGACGUUGAUGAAGAGGCGGGGAGGAAAGAGCGGAGGAGGAAGAGGGAGGAGCUGGAUAGGGCGGAGGCGGAGACGAAGAGGGAGUUGAGGAAAAAGAGGCGGGAGUUGGAGGAGGCGCAGGAGGCGGCGAGGAGGGCGAGGGAGGGGAGGAGGGAGAGAGAGAGGGAGGAGGAUAGAAGGAGGGUUAGGCCGAGGGAGGGGGUGGCAAGGGGGUUGCUGAGAAGGCUUUUCAGUUGA